GAAGGUAGACACCAUCAAAAACCUUCCAAAACCCUCAAACCCUCCGGUACCUCACAAACACUGAAGAAAAUGGGAAAGCUACCUCCAUCACUCAGAACCAGCAAGAAUCUAGUCCCACCAGUUCGAUCUCUACUACCAAACCUUCAAUCAUCCACCCAUGAACCACAAUCACAACAACCCCCUUACCCCCACCGGAAAACUCCCAAAUCCACCACCACCACCCACCGCCCACCACCGCCACCACCACCAAUAACCUUCACAUCCCCAGACAUCUCCGCCGCCAAAACCCUCUUCACCUCCCUCACAACCACCACCAAACACCCCUCACUUUUAACCAACAGAUUCUGCAACAAGAUUCUUGAAUCUUUCACCUCUGUUUCAUCAAACAUUCAAGAUUCAAUCUUUUUACUAACCCACAUGACAAAGGUCAACCCUUUGUUCACCCCUGAUAAAUCUUCAUACCAUAUACUCUUAACCCAAUCCUGCACAAAACCCAAUUCGGAUCUUUCAAAUGUUGAUCAGGUUCUAACCCUAAUGGGCUCAAAAGGGUUUCAACCCGACAAGGUGUCGACCGAUAUCGCGAUUCGGACCCUUUGCGGUUCCGGGUAUGAAGAUCAUGCUAUUGAGCUAAUCAAGAAGCUGUCUCAGGUUGAAUUUACAAAGCCUGAUACUUAUACUUAUAAUCUUUUGGUUAAAAGAUUGAUAAAGGUUCAAUCUUUAAGCAGUGUGAAUGCAUUUAUUAAUGAAAUGAAAAUUGGGUUUGAUCUGAAGCCUGAUUUGGUGACUUACACUAUAUUGAUUGAUAAUGUUUGUAAUGGGAAGAAUCUGCGUGAGGCGAUGCGGUUGUUGGAUGUGUUAAAAGAGGAAGGGUUUAAGCCGGAUUGUUACGUUUAUAACACGAUUAUGAAAGGAUAUUGUAUGUUAAGUCAUGGGGGUGAGGUGUUGAGGGUGUUCAAGAAGAUGGUUGAGGAGGAGAUAGAGCCGGAUUUGGUUACGUAUAACACUUUGAUUUACGGGUUAUCGAAGUCGGGGAAGGUUAAAGAGGCUAAGAAGUUUGUUAAAGAGAUGGCGAAAAUGGGUCAUUUUCCGGAUGUGGUUACGUACACUUCGUUGAUGAACGGGUUGUGUAGAGACGGGAAGGCACUUGGUGCGUUGGAGUUGUUGGGGGAGAUGGAAAGUAAAGGGUGUAGCCCGAAUGAGUGUACGUAUAACACUUUGCUUCAUGGGUUGUGUAAGGCGAGACAGUUGGAUAAAGGGGUUGAGUUAUAUAAUGUAAUGAAGGAAAACGAUAUGAAACUUGAGUCAGGGUCGUACGGGACGUUUUUGAGGGCGCUUUGUAGAAGCGGGAAAGUUGCAGAGGCGUAUGAAGUGUUCGAUUAUGCUUUAGAGAGUAAAAGUUUGACAGAGGUUGCUGCUUAUACGACGUUAGAGAGUACGCUUAAGUGGCUGAAGAAAGCUAAAGAGCAAGGGCUUGCUGUUUGAUAUAUUGGCUGCGAGCCAAAAUCCAUCCUUAGAAUAGUUACACAUGAUUAUAGCCAUGAAGAUGAACACCAUUGAAGCAACAACGAAGAUAUGACCUCGUCUGGACGGCGGACCCUGAACAAAACCAUCUUCCAUGAUCUCGGAGGUCGGGCUCGAUGGUUCAUCCUGACACAUGAGCUUGUUGUACUCGGCCUCCAUGCAAACCGGUCCACACGGCAAACUGGCAGACCUGUUAAGAGAGCUUUGUCUCACAUAGGCUUUAGCCAUUUUGGUUUAAAUUAUGGGGUUACUCUUAAUUGGGUUUAUAUAGAAGAUAACACAAGGAAACAGGGCAGAUUACUAAGUUGAUUAGGGCACGUGAUGAGAUCUCCUUGAAUAACGAGUUUCUUGAUCAACAUGCAUAUUUAUAUUAUAGUUAUGUACGUGUUUGUUAAAUCUAUGGGAU